CAGCAGGACCCACACGCCAUGCGCGUCCCAACGGGCUGCUGAGCGCGGGCGGCGAUGUCGGGGCGCGGGGCUGCGGGCUCCGGUCGGGGGCUGCUGCUGGCGCUGCUGCCGGCGCUCGGCGCGCUGCCGCGGGUGCGGGGCGUCGAGGAGGGGCCUGGCAGCGCGCACGGACACAGCCAGGGUUUCCAGGUGGUCACCUUCGAGUGGCUCCAUGUCCAGGACCCGUACAUCAUCGCGCUGUGGAUCCUCGUGGCCAGCGUGGCCAAGAUCGGUUUCCAUCUGUCGCACAAGGUCACCAGCGUCGUCCCCGAGAGCGCGCUGCUCAUCGUCUUGGGCCUGGUGCUGGGCGGCAUCGUCUGGGCCGCUGACCACAUCGCCUCCUUCACGCUGACGCCCACCGUCUUCUUCUUCUACCUGCUGCCCCCCAUCGUGCUGGACGCCGGCUACUUCAUGCCCAAUCGGCUCUUCUUUGGGAACCUGGGCACCAUCCUGCUGUACGCCGUCGUCGGCACCGUGUGGAACGCGGCCACCACCGGACUGUCCCUCUACGGCGUCUUCCUCAGCGGCCUGAUGGGGGACUUGAACGUCGGGCUGCUGGACUUCCUCCUGUUCGGCAGCCUGAUUGCCGCCGUGGACCCGGUGGCUGUCCUGGCCGUGUUCGAGGAGGUGCACGUCAACGAGGUCCUGUUCAUCAUCGUCUUCGGGGAGUCGCUGCUGAAUGACGCCGUCACUGUGGUCCUCUACAACGUGUUUGAAUCUUUCGUGACGCUGGGUGGUGACAAGGUGACUGGCGUGGAUUGCGUGAAAGGCAUAGUGUCCUUCUUUGUGGUGAGCCUGGGCGGCACGCUGGUGGGGGUCGUCUUCGCCUUCCUGCUCUCGCUGGUGACGCGCUUCACCAAGCACGUGCGCAUCAUCGAGCCGGGCUUCGUGUUCGUCAUCUCCUACCUGUCCUACCUCACGUCCGAGAUGCUGUCACUGUCCGCCAUCCUGGCCAUCACCUUCUGCGGCAUCUGCUGCCAGAAGUACGUGAAGGCCAACAUCUCAGAGCAGUCGGCCACCACCGUGCGCUACACCAUGAAGAUGUUGGCCAGUGGGGCCGAGACCAUCAUCUUCAUGUUCCUGGGCAUCUCAGCCGUGAACCCCCUCAUCUGGAAGUGGAACACGGCCUUUGUGCUCCUGACCCUGGUCUUCAUCUCUGUGUACCGGGCUGUUGGUGUCGUCCUGCAGACCUGGGUCCUGAACCGGUACCGGAUGGUGCAGCUGGAGAUCAUAGACCAGGUGGUCAUGUCCUACGGCGGCCUGCGCGGGGCCGUGGCCUUUGCUCUGGUCGUCCUCCUGGAUGAGAAGAAGGUGAAGGAGAGGGACCUGUUUGUCAGCACGACCCUCAUUGUGGUCUUCUUCACGGUUAUCUUCCAGGGCCUGACCAUCAAGCCCCUGGUGCAGUGGCUGAAGGUGAAGAGGAGCGAACACCGGGAACCCAAACUCAAUGAGAAGCUGCACGGCCGGGCUUUCGACCACAUCCUCUCAGCCAUCGAGGACAUAUCGGGGCAAAUUGGACACAACUACCUCCGCGAUAAGUGGUCCAAUUUUGAUAGGAAAUUCCUCAGCAAAAUCCUCAUGAGACGGUCGGCACAGAAGUCUCGAGAUCGGAUCCUGAAUGUUUUCCACGAGCUCAACUUGAAAGACGCUAUCAGCUAUGUGGCUGAGGGAGAGCGCCGUGGGUCCCUGGCUUUCAUCCGUUCCCCCAGCACCGACAACAUGGUCAACGUGGACUUCAGCACACCACGGCCCUCAACCGUGGAGGCCUCUGUCUCCUACCUCCUGAGGGAGAACGUGAGUGCGGUGUGCCUGGACAUGCAGUCGCUGGAACAGAGGAGGAGGAGCAUCCGUGACACGGAGGACACGGUCGCGCACCACACCCUGCAGCAGUACCUGUACAAGCCUCGGCAGGAGUACAAGCAUCUCUACAGUCGGCACGAGCUGACCCCAAACGAAGAUGAGAAGCAGGACAAGGAGAUCUUCCACAGGACCAUGCGGAAGCGCCUGGAGUCCUUCAAGUCCGCCAAGCUGGGCGUCAACCCGAACAAGAAGGCGGCAAAGCUCUACAAGAGGGAGCGCGCCCAGAAACGGAGAAACAGCAGCAUUCCCAAUGGGAAACUGCCCCUGGAGAGCCCCAUGAACAAUUUCACCAUUAAGGAGAAAGAUUUGGAACUUUCAGACCCGGAGGAGGCCCCGGACUAUGGUGGUGAAAUGGGUGGGGGGAUCGAGUUCCUGGCAAACAUCACACAAGACACCACGGCCACAGACUCCCCGUCAGGAAUUGACAACCCUGUGUUCUCCCCGGAUGAGGACCUGAGCAUCCUCUCCAGGGUGCCACCCUGGCUGUCCCCUGGGGAGACGGUGGUGCCCUCCCAGAGGGCGCGUGUGCAGAUCCCCUGCUCUCCAGGCAACUUCCGCCGCCUGGCGCCCUUCCGCCUCAGCAACAAGUCCGUGGACUCCUUUCUGCAGGCUGAUGGCCCCGAGGAGCAGCCCCACAUGACCCACCCUGAGUUCACGCACAUGUGACACGGGCUCCGACGUGCCGCUGACCGGACGCUCGUCCCCUCCCGCCGCCGAGAAGCCCCCGCUCCCCGCGCGGUCCCCGCGCCCGCGCGCCCUGAGCCCGGCCCCGCCCGCCGGCGGCCCGCCCGC